AAAGGAGCAGAGAGCAGAUCUAAGCCGCUGUGAGAGCCACACACACCACUCCACAUCCACACACACACACACCGCCUGCAGCUCCAGCACCGUCCCGCUCCCCACAUCUCUUCAUCCUGCACUCUGACCGGAUGAGUUACCCGGUGGACCCGAUAGGAAGCCCCUUCAGGAGAGUUAUGGAUACGAGAACGAGCAGUUACGGCUACGGCCGCCCCGCCGGCACCCCCUCCAGCGGGUUCCGCUCCCAGUCCUGGUCCCGGGCGAGCCCCGGCGCCACCGUGACCUCAUCCUACAAGAGGACGGUGAACGCGCCGGUGUCCCGGGCGUACGGCUCCGCGGUGCUCAGCUCCGCCGACAGCGUCGACUACAGCCAGACGUCCAUCCUGAACGGAGACUACAAGCGAUCCAACGAGAAGGAGCAGCUGCAGGGGCUCAACGACCGCUUCGCAGUCUACAUCGACAAGGUGCACUACCUGGAGCAGCAGAACAAGCAGAUCGAGGCGGAGAUCCAGGCGCUGCGUCAGAAGCAGGUGUCGCGCACCCAGCUGGACGAUCUCUACGACCAGGAGCUGAAGGAGCUGCGCGCCGUGCUGGAGCAGAUCCACCGCGACAAGGCGCAGAUCCAGCUGGACACCGAGCACAUCGAGGAGGACAUCCAGCGGCUCAGGGACCGCUUCGAGGAGGAGGCGCGGAUCCGCGAGGAGACGGAAGCCAUCAUCCGCGUCCUGAAGAAGGACGCGUGCGACUCGGAGCUGUCCAAGUCCGAGUUGGAGAAGAAAGUUCAGUCGCUGCAGGACGAGAUCGCCUUCAUCCGCAACAACCACGAGGAGGAGGUCAGCGACCUGAUCGCGCAGAUCCAGGCGUCCCAGGUGACCGUGGAGAGGAAGGACCUGCAGAGGGCGGACAUCACCGAGGCGCUGCGGGAGAUCCGCAGCGAGCUGGAGGGCCACUCCAACCAGAACCUGCAGCAGGUGGAGAACUGGUUCGUGUGCCGCUACGCCAAGCUCACCGAGGCCGCGGAGCAGAACAAGGACGCCAUCAAGUCCGCCCGGGACGAGAUCGCCGACUACCGCCGCCAGCUGCAGUCCAAGACGGUGGAGCUGGAGUCCGUGCGCGGGAUGAGGGAGUCCCUGGAGCGGCAGCUGAACGACAUCGAGGACCGCCACAACAGCGACCUGGCCAGCCUGCAGGAGACAAUUCACCAGCUGGAUAAUGAACUCAAGAGCACUAAAUGGGAGAUGGCUCGUCACCUUCGUGAGUAUCAGGACCUGCUGAAUGUCAAGAUGGCCUUGGACAUUGAGAUUGCUGCAUACAGGAAACUCCUAGAGGGCGAGGAGACCCACUUCAGCACUUUUCCUUACCGCCAGCCCAUCUCCACCACUAAGAUCUCCAAAACGAAAUCAGAGGCUCCCAAGCUGAAAGUGCAGCACAAGUUUGUGGAGGAAAUCAUUGAGGAGACGAGGGUGGAGGAUGACAAGGCUGACAUGGACGAGGCCCUGGAAGAGCUCGCCCAGGAGCUCUCCACCGCAACAGGAGUAGGAGGAGAGGAGGAGGAGGAAGAYGUGGAAGAGGGCGGAGAGGGCGAGGGAGAAGAGGAAGGCGGAGAGGAAGAGGAAGUCAUAGCCGCCACCGAUGCUAAAGUUAGCGCCAGCGCUCCAGAGGGCGAUGAGAAAGACAGCGACGAGGGAGAGGAAGGAGAGGGAGAAGAGAAGGAAGAAGWGAAAGAAGAAGGGGAGGGCGACGAUGAAGGCGAAAAGGAGGAUGAGGCAGAUGAGGGUGAUGGCGAGAAAGAGGAUGAAGAAGGAGGGGAGGAGGAAGAGGAGGAAGUUGAGGAGACCGUGUUGUGCUCCAAAGCUCCGGAGUCUAAAGCAUCUCCUGACAAAGAGAAGGGCGGGGACAAGGAGGGCAGUGCAGGGGAGGAGGAGGAGGAAGAGGAGGAGGCUGGUGCCGAAGAGGAGGGUGGUGAUCAGGAGCAAGACACAGGCAGUGACAAGGGAGACAAGGGUGGAGAUGAGAAAGAAGAGAAAGAUCAGGUGGACAAGGUGGAAGAAGAGAAGAAGGGGAAAGACGACAAAGCAGAUGAAAGUGUAGUCGCAAAAACAGAAGCUCCAAAAACUGAAGCUGUGAAGCCUGAAGACACCAAGGAAGAAACCCCUAAAACUGAAGGAUCAAAGCCUGAAUCCCCCAAGUCUGAAUCACCAAAGCCCAGUUCUCCUACAUCUGAAUCCCCAAAAGCAACUUCCCCUGAGUCUGAAUCACCAAAGCCCAGUUCUCCUAAGUCCGAAUCCCCAAAACCAAGUUCCCCCAAGUCUGAAUCCCCAAAACCAAGUUCUCCUACGUCUGAAUCCCCAAAAGCAACUUCCCCUAAGUCAGAAUCACCAAAGCUCAGCUCUCCUAAGUCUGAAUCACUGAAGCCCAGCUCUCCUAAAUCUGAAUCCCCAAAACCAAGUUCUCCCAAGUCAGAAUCCCCAAAACCAAGUUCUCCCACGUCUGAAUCCCCAAAACCAACUUCCCCUAAGUCAGAAUCACCAAAGCCCAGCUCUCCUAAGUCUGAAUCCCCCAAACCAAUGUCCCCCAAGUCUGAAACCCCAAAACCAGUUUCCCUCAAGCCCGAACCUUCUAAACCAGAGUCUCCCAAAGCGGAAUCCCCCAAGUCUGAGUCCCCCAAAGCAGACUCACCUAAAGCUGAAUCCCCAAAGCCCAGCUCCCCCAAACCAGAGUCCGCCAAAGCUGAAAGCCCCAAACCCGAGGCUCCAAAAGAAGACAAACCAGAGAAGAAGAGCGACCCAGCAGAAGAGAAGAAGGUGGAGAAGAAAGACGUCGCCAUGAACGGCGACGUAGACAGCAGCAGCCCAGAGGACGAGAAGGAGAAGAAGGACGAUGUGAUCGCCAACGGCGUCGAUGAGAGCCCCGUCAAGGAGGACGGCAGCCAGAAAGUGGUCAUCACCAAGACGGUGGAGACCAUCACCACGGGCGAGGACGGCUCCAAGCACGUCACCAAGUCCAUCACUGUGACGGAAACGGUGAAGGAGGUGGAGGAGGGGCUGCAGCAGGAGAAGCUGGUCGCCACCAAGAAGACGGAGAAGCAUGCCACUCAGUCCAUCAAGCAGGUGACCGAGGGCAACUGAGCGGACGCCGGAUGGCUGGAAAACACGGAGGAAGCGGCGCAGCGACGAGAGGGAGGACUGAAGGAGACAAACAAGACAAGCAAUCAAAACUAACAUAACAAAGAAAACCAUACAGCUAGAGCGAUGUAAUAAUGACAACCACUCUUUAAAAAAAAAAAGAAAAGAAAAACUAAUCAUAGAAAGAAGCCAAAACUUAAGGUUUGCAUGUUGAGUGAAAGCUUUAAACAGGCUUUGCUGCUGAAGUGGGCGAGGAGCGAGCGACUGAGAUAUUUUAUUCUCUUAUUUUAUUCUUUCUGCUUUUAAAAGACGAGCUCAGGGGUGGGACUAAGGGGACAAGGGAGAUGUGCGGGUGGGGGGCUCUGCAUGCUAGCUCAGAGGAGGGGAGUAGUUUCCUCUCUUUUCUCUARAUUGGAUACCGGAAUGAGGAUGAUUACAUAGAGUGGGUUGCAAAAGUACUCAACACUUUUGGCWUUCUGUCUUACUUGUUGACUUACAGAGUUUUGGCGGAUUCUAUAUUUUAAUCUGCGGAACAUAACUAUGACUCUGAAGAUGCAAAAUGUUGCUUAUUGUAGAAGGCAUGAGGGUGCAUACCUAUUCACCCCCUUCCCACAGAGUCAUUACUUAGUAGAGCCACUUGUUGCAGCAAUUACAGUGACAUCUAGCUAGAACUUUACCUCAAUAUUUUAAAGGCUUCUCCAUUACCUUAAAAUGAAUGUYCAAAGCAGCCUUUAAUUAAAUCAACGGGGUUCGUAAUCCCAUUGGGAAUGCCAGAGAUUGAAGUCUGGGCCUUGACUGGACCAUUCCAGGAUAUUCACCCAGUGAAGCGUAGCUUGAUUUCUUUGGUUCAAACCAUCCCAGUCUCAAAUCUCAGGAACACUCAAACAAGUUUCCCUCAAUAACGCGUCUAUAUUUUGUGCAGUCUAUCUUUUUAAAGCCUGACCAAUUUCCCAGCCCCUGCUAUUAAAAUAAUAAUGAUAAAAUAAAAUAAAAAUCCCCACAGCAUGAUGCUGCCACCGCCGUGCUUCACUGUGGGGAAUGCUGUGGACCAGCUUUACCAAACAUACCCUUAAUGGCCAAAAAGUUCAGCUUUAGUCUCGUCUGACCUUUUUGUACAUGUUUGGGGAGUUUCCACUCUUCUGGACCGGUAGUCUUAUUAUUACAGAACCCCAUCUGUGUUAAAUGUGGCCUCUUGGCUGCCUUUGUGAUUUAUGUUCUUUUUGCCCAGUCUGAGUUUUGGAGGAUGACCCUCGUUGGUAGGUUUGCUAUGGUUACAUAAUCUUUCCAUUCUAAUAAUGGAUUAAUGGUGCUCUUUUGGAUGUUGUCUAGGGUUUGGGAUUUUUUUUUUAUCAAACCUUGAUCUCUACUUCUUUACAACUUUGUCUCUGACAUGUAAUGACAGUUAUUUGGUCUUCAUUAUGUCUCUGUCGAUGGUUGCCUUUACUACUUAGAGACACACUGGUGGGACUAAUGCUGUGGUUUUCUAUAGGGAAGGGGAUGAAUACAUAUGCAUGCACCAGUUCUCAGCUUUAAAGACUUUAGAAUAAUUUCAUAUCCCCCCUAUUUAAUUGAAUUAAUUUAGUGUGUUUUGCGUAGAUUCAAACUGAAACCCCUUGAAAUUCUAAGCUGUAUGGCAACAAAAUAGAAAAAAAUACCAAGGCAGUGAAAACUAAUGCAACCCACUUUAUUGCAGGUGGAAGAGUGAGAGAAGCGUUAUUGUUGGAGUGGAUUUUUGGGUGAAUUCAAGACAGACGGGAAGUUGGAGGGUCCUCGGCGCAGACAUGCACUCUACUGAAGAAGCCUUACUCGACACGUGAUGUUGCCAUCUGAGCCAAAACAGAAACAGCCAAUAAACGCAAAACACAAGGGGAGGAAAGAGAUAAGCAAUGACAUGAUAAACACAUUAACCAUAAACACCCAGUAACUGAAGCAGUUCCAGCUUAACAAACCCGAUAAAGAAACUCCUAGCCUUAAACAUGCUUUUUAUCAGUGUCUGUUAUAUUUACUGUACCUGAGUGCAAGUGAAACAAAUAUAAGCGUAAAUGCAUAGAAACGUGCAUUCUUGUAUGCAUAGAAUGGACUUGAAUUUAAUUACAGAAAUAAAUGAGGUGCUACUGUUUGCAGUUCCAUGACGUUCCUCAUUGUGAACAAUUUCCCAGCAGCCUUUGCUCAAUAAAUAUCAUAA